UAACCCCAUAUUGUCACGUGAUUUAUCCCAUGGAGACGUUUACAUCAUGGCUGCCAUGCAAAGUGCCGUUGAGGAUUUGAAAGAUGAAAAAGUACCUGCAUGCUUAUAUUGGACUGUAGAACAAGUAUCAGAUUGGAUAGAAGAAUUGGGCUUCCCAAAUUACAAAGAAUGUUUUAAACAGAAUAUGAUAAAUGGACGGAAAUUAAUACUAAUAGAAGCAUCAGCCUUUCCUAAUAUCGGCAUUACUGAUUUUGAACAUAUAAAGAUGAUUGCCAAAAGUAUAAGAGAUUUAUUAGAAAUUGAAGAACCAGACUGGACACGUAGUAUAUCUCUACCUCCAAGAAGUGAAUUAGGAAUGUACCUUGAGGUUAAAGGAAACAAUGGAAAAAAUAAAGACUCACUGACAUUUAAGAAUUUUUGCCUGAACAAUAAUGGUGCCAAAUGGAGACCACCUUUAGCUAAUCACUGCCUUAUUCUUCCUAGUUAUUAGAGCAUGGAAAUAUUGACUGAGAAAUUUAUUUUAAAAUUUAUAUGUUAAGCACAUAAAUGAAUGCCCAUUACACCGAAAAUAUACACAAGUGUUGGAAUUUCCAAUACACAUGAUACGAGUAGAAGGGUUUGACAAAUUACUUGAUAUCAAAUGGUCUUACCCAUUGAUUAAAUAUGCAUUUUAGGGCUCUUUGAACCAUCACAAUGUUUUAGUGAACUCUUUCGAAAAUUUGACCAAGAAUACCUUAGAUCCUGAAAGGAAAAUAAUGACGUUGACAUCACUGGACUUGGUAUGAGUAUGAGAAUUUUAAAUUAAUAAAGAGAUGGUUGGUUCUCUAUCACAUUGUGUUACUAUGGCAACACAAUAUGGUGUCACUUCUGCAAUUGUUAAACCCCUUUUGUCACAACAUAUUGUGACAGUGGAUUUUUCUGAUUUCUGUAGAAUAACAGUGUAUCUGUUCAUUUUUUUUAUUUUCCUUCAUUAUUUUGAUUGUUGAAAAGCUUAUUGCCAACUGAAAUAUCACAAAAAUGAUACACUUUCAUGUUGUAAUGCUGAUAGAUAAGUGCCAAAUAUCAUUUACUUUUAGGUGAGGGAUAAAUUAUAGUUGUUUUCUUAUACAUAUUAACUUUGGAUGUUGGGUUCUCUUUUCAUACAUAUGCGAUUCUGAUUAUGUUUUUAGUAUCUUAUAUUAUAUAAGAUUUAUUGUACAGUUUUAAGUUACAACUUUGAUAAUAAUUUAAAGAUUUUUGCAUUUGAAAGUCCAAUUUUUUAUUUUUUUGUUUUCUUUCAUAUGCAUAGAAAUGUAAGCCUUUAAUGUGGAAACUACUGAGUUGAGUUUAGAAAUUUCUAAUUGCCUUCUAUGUAGCAAUACAAGAUGCAUAAAAGUUGCUGCUUCAGUCUGAUUUCGAUACUUAUAUUUUUAGCUGCCAACUUGACCAUACUCCUUUUAUUUUUGUUACUUUGAAUAAUUGUUUGUACCUUUAAAUUUUGAGAUACUUUGUUUUAUUUUCAAUAAAAAUAUUUACAAUUCUU